AUGUCUCCGAGCAUGGGACGCGAGGGGGUUCUGCCGGCCUUUCUUCUAGUCUGCUCCUUCGCUCUCGGAGAGGCCAGCCUGGAUAUGUUCGUCGAUAGGGCCGAAGUCCAUCGCAUCACAGGCGUUCAGGGAUCUAGGAUCUACUACAUCCAGGAGGGCGUCAUCAACCAGUACGCCACCGGUUACGUGGUGCCGGUCGGAGCCAGAAUCAGCAGCAUCAGCUUCCAUUGGCAGAGCCUCGUCCGCAAACUGAUGCCGUACGAAAUCAGUUUUCGGUGGAACGAUCCGGCGGCCAUGUCUGAGCCACGUGCCAACGUGUCGUACGUGGGCUACGUGCCACGUGUGGAGGCGGUGUUCAGCGUGCUGUUUCCGUGCACUGGCCGGGUCAGCGCCGUUGUUGAGGUGGACAUCAUGCUCAACAUCACCACCUACCAGCCCAAGCAGCAGAUAGUCUUCCUCAAGCUGAAGCGCAGGAAGACCUGCUUGCAAGGCCGGCCGACUCGUCUUGGUCCUCCCGACAACACCACAUCUCUACUGGAGCUGGGUGACGCGGCUCGUCAGCACGACUUCAGUCUGAUACUGGGCGUCGCCGGCGCCAUCGCCGUCACGUUCGUCACUCUCGGCGCCGUGAUGUUACUCGUCAUCCGACAGCGCAAGGCCACUCUCAGCCCCGUGCACGCUGAUUCUAUAAACAGUGGCAGCAGGGCAUUCGCCAAGAACCUCUCAAAAAGCUAUCACUCUAUCGAUAAGAUGGCCAGGAGCUGCAGUUACGCCACCAUCGCCAGUCUGAAGAAGCUGCCGCGGCUUCACCCGACGGUGACGUCACUCCCGAACGACGGCAGUGACGUCAGCAGGCCUGUGACGUCACUGGCCGACUGUGCCAUGGCAUCACAACACUACGCCUCGUCUGAGAUACCGGUGCCGUCUGCGCCCACCGACCAGCCGCCUGCCGAGUACCCGGCCGUGGACCGGCGCGAGCUGGGUCUCACUGACCUGCUGGCCGAGGGCGGUAUAGCUCGUCUGUAUCGUGCCACCGUCGGCCGCCGGCCCUGUCUGGUGAAGACGGUGACGGCACAGGCCAGCCCGCAGCAGUGCCGGCAGUUGGUGGCCGAAGGACGGCUGCUGGCCGGCUGCUGCCACCCGGCGCUGCUGCCGGCGCUCGGCUGCACGGCCGACACGGGGCCGCCGUGCGUGCUCUACCCGGACCUGGGCACGGCCAGCCUGCGCCGCUUCCUGGCCACGUGUCGGCUGGAGGGGGCCGCCGGCGCCGGCCCGGUGCUCCGCCAGCAGACCAUGGUGGACAUGACGGUGCAGCUGCUGUCCGGCCUGGUGCACCUGCACGGCCGCGGCAUCGUGCACAGAGACGUGGCCGCCAGAAACUGCGCAGUCGACGAUCGGUUUCGUGUCCGACUGACCGACUCGGCGCUCAGCAGCGACCUCUAUCCUGCCGAGUACUCGCGGCUGGCAGACGGAGCUUGCCGGCCCGUCCGCUGGGCGGCGCCCGAGUCGCUGCUGCGCGAGCGCCACUCACCGGCCAGCGACGUCUGGUCGGCGGCCGUCACCGCCUGGGAGGUGACCUCGCUGGGUCAGCUGCCCUUCUCCGAGCUCAAGGACCCGCUGGAGGUGCUGGUGCUUCUCAGAGAGGGCUACCGGCUGGCUCGGCCGACUACCUGUCCCGCUCAAAUGUAUUCCACCUUGCUCAGCUGCUGGAACCUGGACCCGGAGAGGAGGCCCCAGUCCAGAGACCUGCUCACGUGGAUGCAGGACUUCUCCAGAGCGUUCGACAGGCUCAUCUAGGUGUUCGGGUUGUUACGGGUUACUGAGUUGCGACUCACGACUAAGUUGGUGUGACAGGGAUUGCCCGUAGUACUGGAAUAAGGCCACAUGAUGUGAAAAUGGCUAGCCAUGCAUGUGUUGUAAAUAAGAGAGCGCAGUGCAACUUCGAAUGUCAUGGCAAUGAUACUAAUAUGUGUUACAGCGACUACACAUUUUAUAUUCAAGUUUGUUAGUUACCUUGGCUGAUGAGUCUGAAAGCUUGUGCAAUCUGCAGUCCCGGGUGCCCGUCUUUUAUUUUUGACGCUCGAGUGUCGUAAGUGUCACCAAGAUGUGUUACAACUUACGACAACUCAGAUGUGUACCUGAUUGUUCUGCAUUUUAUUCGAAGGUAUGUUAAUACGAAUUUUGGUAAUAGUGGAAGUGUCGUAGGACUCGGACUCACGUCUCAAGUCGAAUCACGACUUGAGUAUUAGACGUGGACUGGACAUUCAUGCCAU